UGACCCCCUCAAAGCCUCACAACCUACUACCUGCACCUUCUUCCCAAUGGAGAAUUCAGGCGAGGAGCUCUCUUCCACGGCCAACCGCUCCUUCUCCGGCGACGGCAGCGCCGCCGCUUCUGAGGAGGAGAGCGGCUGGACGUCGUACAUCGACUACUUCAUGAAGACGCAGCGGCGACAGAAGGGGGAGGCGAGUCUUUCCGCUGAUGCUCUCUCAACUGACGAUGCUGGAGGAUGCCGUUCUACAUCGGAAUGCAGUGGUGAUUGUGGAGUAGGAGCCUCCACACGGCUGCCGGCGCUCGUCGAGCCGUCGGUGGUGUCGAGAAGGUUGAGCCUCAAGGAGGGUUGGAGGAAGAAGAAGAAGGUCUUGUAUGAUGAGUCCUUGGAGGAUACAGCAACAUCUCCUAUCAGUAGCCCUAAGUUGAUUGAGCCGAGGGAUUCAGAUGCCACCCACCAGAAGAAAAAUAAUCCCAGCGAUGAGAUUUUGCAUUCUAAGAAGAAUACAACUGGUGAUGUAAAUGGGGCAAACACAACAACAGACACGACAAUCAAAGAAGAAGACGGUGCAUAUGACAACAAUGAGCUGAGGAAGAAAGGCCUUUGCUUGGUCCCAGUGUCUGCUUUCCGUGUAUAUAAUAGCUGAUCUGAUCCCAGUAAACUCAUUCGUUGCUAGCUAGCUGGUUGUACAUUUGGUAAUAAGCUAGCACCGAACCUUAUCACACAUUGCUUGCAUACAUGUACACACACUUGCACAUAUGAAAAGAAGGUUGAUAACCUUGUGAAAUUCUUGUAAACGUUAGUCUGUUCCUGUUCAUGAAAAUGGUACAAACUUUACAUGUAAAAAGGUACAAACUAAAGGUUUAGUGUUAGGUGACGCAUCACACUGGUGUGUUAGAUACGGGGUCUAUUCCAUCUUGUGAAGGAGAUUAGUUAUUCUGUUCGUGUAUGAGCUGGUUGUUGAUCUAUCUGUUCCUUCCUCCA